GCCUGAAUUUCAUUACUGAAACGACAUUGUAAUAAUGACACAAGGAGAUGGAGAAAGAAGUAAUUUGGGCCACUCCUAGAAAGUAUAUUUAAGAAGAGAGAUGGCGAUCCUUGUUCACGCCAAGUAAACAUGGAGAAGCUUUCUCUGUCACUCAUCUUCGCUUCUUUCUUAUGCUUUCUCGUAUCUUGCGAUGGGUCUGAGUCACCCCAAUUCACAGUUGUUUAUUCUGAGUUCGAUUUUGAGGUCAGACUGUAUAACGAAUCUUCGUGGAUGUCGGCUCCUGUUCGAGGAAUCUCGUUCGAAAAGGCGACCAGAGAAGGCUUUCACAGAAUAUUCCAGUAUAUCGAAGGAGGCAAUUUGAACUCUUCUAAGAUUAGAAUGACAACUCCUGUGUUGACAAGCAUUGUCCCAGAGGCUGGGCCCCUGCAUUCAUCAGCCUAUGUUGUGCGGUUCUACUUGCCAGCAGAGAUCCAAACUACCCCACCUGUUCCCCUCCCUGAACUGAACCUGCAGCUUGAUGCAAGGGGACAUAUGUGUGUUGCAGUCAGGAAGUUCUCAGGGUUUGCUAGGGAUGGUAAUAUCGUAAAGGAGGCAGAGAAACUUGCUGUCAGUUUGAGUAGGUCUCCAUGGGCGAAUUCAACUAUGACUCAAAGCAAGGAUUCUUACUCUAUUGCACAGUAUGAUUCUCCCUUUCGGCUUAUAGGACGCCUAAAUGAAGUGUGGGUGGAUGUUGCUGGAUCUGCACGUAAUGGGUGUGGAUUCAGUAGGGUUAGGGUAUCUACAUACUAAAUGCAUGGUUGCAACUUGCAACUAAUCUGAAAGUCUAUCAAAGGGCUAAAUUAAAUAUAUAUAGAAUGUUGGAUAUUUCAGUCUCCUUGUAUCAGUGUAUGUUUUAUAUGUACAUAUAAAAAAUUUAAGUAGACUAUGCUUUUUUAAGUGUAUGAGACAAUAUUUGCAGCAGA